UAAUAUUAUUUGUGGACUUCCUUAUGGAAGAUAAAGUAAGUUUUACAUAUAAAAGAGAUAAAGAAAUGAAGGAUAGGGAUGUAAUUACGCAUGUCAGAAUAGCCACAGCUGUUCUGAGAAUUUCAAAACAGGGGCUGUAAGUACUAAAAGUACUGACAUGGAUAUACUUCCCGAUAGCCACCACUUACAGGGCAACACAAACUUUUCCCGCCAUUUUUCAGCGGACAACUCUCCUGCCAGGUCAGUACCAUACCUUGCACGUGGCACCAUCUUUUGCCACCUGGCAUCAUCCGUCUAAGCGAUAGGCAUAAAGAUGCUCCGCCACAUCAUUAAAGACAUUUAAAACCAUCGAAUCGGACGGCUAGCAUUAAAUAUAUCACCAUCUCAUCAUCCAGCAGUUACCACAUCAAAAUAAAAAAUUUUCAGAUCCUUCUCUUUCACGUUGUUGCUUAAAUAUGUAGAGUUUUUUUUUUAUAUCAUCCUUCUCUCUUUGAAGAGCAUCAUCCUUUUCUCUUUGAAGAAAAACUACUAUGAAGGAAGAGGAGGAAAGGAAAAGAGCAAGUGAGGAAACCGGAGACGUUGGGUUUCUGGCGUCGAAACGGCUGAGAGAGACGGUAACAGAUGAGUUGGCGGAUGACGUCAAGGCGUGGUUAUCAGUUGAAGAUAGUGAGACUGACUCAGUGAGUGAGUUAUUGAAGCUUCUGGACGACUCACCGGAAGAUACCACCUCAGCGUCUUCAUCGACGUCGUCGCCGACCUUGUUCGGGAUGAGGGUUAGGUUCAGCGACAACCCGUACUCGUCGGCGUUGAUUUUCCAGUCGUCGUCCUCGUACAUAACCAUCAACGGCAACGAAGAGAGCUGCGGGUCGUCGUUUUCGGAGUCGGAGUCUAGCGUGAUGGCCAGUGUGGACAUGGGAGGGAUUUUAAACGCGAAUGUGAAGGUUGGGAGUGGGUUGGAGGGAAUCAGAGGGUGGGUGGAGGCGGAGGGCGGAGGGGGCGCGUGGGAUAGAAGCGAGGAAGAGGCGCGUGGGUGGAUGAUGGAUUGGGAGUGGGAAUGGGGCGAAAAGCAGCUGGUGAGGUUUCUAGGCGAGGAGGAGGACUGAGGAAGUACCUCUUUUGAAAUUUUGACUGGAAUUUCCUGAGUAAACGUGAACAGUUAUGACUCCUUUUUUAAUUUUAUUUUUUUAAAAAAAAAAUUGCGGUGACUUCCGCUUUUGGAAAAUGGGAUGGGGCUUUUAACUUUUGUUAAUACUAGAAAUUUAGAAAAUAGAAAAAUAGGGGUUUAGAGAGGGUUGAAGGAAGGUAUUAAACUGAAGAGAGGAGGAUGCAUUUGACACGCUGCUGGCUGAGUGGCUGACUGCUUUGUUUGGAAAUGGCGUGUCUUGGAAUUUCCUCUCUUUGUAUUUACUCUAAAAGUACACAAAAAAAAGAAAGUGGAGAGAUAUAUCAGACUUGAAAGCCAGUAAUGGUCGCAAUUUUAAUCUCUCAGUCUGCAGCUUUUGUUUUCUGUUUUUUUAUUUGCUAACUGCUCAAUUACAGCCGACCACGUUGCUUAUA